UUCGCUCCACCGAUCCAAAAUCCAAACCCACUCACUCCGCAAAACCUCUGCACGAAGGAGCCCCCCAAACCCAACAACUAGAGCGAGCGAUAUCCAUGGAGAAGAAGGAUCUGCUCGGCGCCCGGACGAAGCCGGCGGCAGGGAAGCGGCGGCGCAAGGUGGCGGCUGGCCCGGGACUCGCCAAGGCGAUCGCCGAGUACCUCGCGUCCGACUCCUAUAUGUACGCGCCGCUGGUCUCAGAACCUCAGGAGCCGCCUCCGCCGCCGCCGCCCGCGGCUGCGCCUGCGACAAGUACUCCUGCUUCUGCAGAGAAAGGAGCAGCUCUGGUGCAAAAAUACAGAGGCUCUUGGCGUGGUACAUUUGCUGCCUGCUAGAAGCAUUUGUGGCGAUGUAGCUGUGUAGCCUUUUAGCAUAAGCUUAAAGCUUUCCCGAUGUUGUUUUAUUCUCCUUUGACUAUGCACAUAUGCUUUCUCUAACAAUUUACCUUUGUUCUGGAGCCACUGUCUCCGAGAAAGGCUAACAGUUAGUUAAUCCAGGGGCAUAUGUAACUAUCUGUACCUUAUCUUGUGUCUUCACUGAUGCAACCGGACUGUCGGUGUAUCUCGUAUGAUGUUCUCGUUCUGCUA